AUGCACUCGACGUCUAGCUUAGACGGUGAUGAGCCUCCGGUGACCGACGAGACCACCGCCUCCGAACUUAAGUUCGUGACUGAACGCGCGGAUGAAUCGGGACCCGACGCCUUCCCGGAGCACGAGGAAUGUGAGGCUGUGCUUACUAUGAAGUGCGGCGAACCGCUUAUGGCUGUACGCAAGAAGCUGCACGACGAAAUCCUCAUUUCAUUUAUUCCGGACGAGGGUUUUGGCGUGUUCCAGAGCAAGGUGGAGCGCCACUACAGCAAGCUGGACCCCAACUACGUCCAGGAACGACGCGCCAUCUACUUGAAGCCGAGCAGCAAUGCCACGCAGUCAAAAUACGUCCAGCUAACGAAGGAGAACUUCGAUCCGCUGCUGCGUGUGCGCUGGAAAGUGGCGCGUAGCAUGAAAGCUGAACUCAAAUACGAGGUUUUCUGCUAUUUUGUGGAUACGACGACAAAGAAGGAGAAGAAGCGGCUGACCAUGAAGAUGUUCCAGCAGCAGCAGCAGCAACAAUUAGCGGAAGGCGGCGUCGACUCGAUCGUAGCCAACGGCCCAACCGGAGCCACUGCAUCGCCCAACCCGUCCUUUAUGCCGUUUGGCCAGGCAGCAACGGCCGGUUUCCCACUUAUCCAGAGCUACGCAGACAUGUCCAUUGACGGAUCUCUCACGCCUGGGGGCAGCGCGGCGAAGUCUGCGGGUAUUCGAACUGGUCACAAGAACGGAGUGCGUGACGAAGCCAUUCUAGUUAGCGACCGACCCAGGAAGGUUGCACGCGGUAAACAGACAACUGCGACUGCCGGAGACCAGCUGCAUUUGGACGGAAGCGCCGAUGAGCCCGUGUUCCAUACAAUCCCGUUCCGGAUCAAUGGGUUUGUGGUACCGCUGGAGGUGGACAUCACAGCCCUGAAACGGAGUUUGGGGCUGGUACAACCUCCCUCGGACGCCCCCGUCGGCGGCCUGGAUCCCACCACCCCACACUUAUAA